CGGUCUGCUUUCAUUCACCGGCCAGAACUGAGUGUGGGGUCAGACCCGUGUUCUCUAGGAGACUGGAAAAUGUAUAUUGCGGCCCCCGGUAUCACACUGAGCAGCUUGUAAACCUGUUCGGCCAUAACCUUACUCCAAACAAGUCAACACUAGCGCUUCGUUUUCCCGGUAGAUGUGUCUGCUGACUUUCGCCCAUGAGGACUUGGGAGAGGGUCUAGCGGAACCGCCUCUGGUUCUCACCCCCUUGCGGACGCGUCCCCAGGAGAAGGGUUCCCAGGGCUGCCCGGCCGUUCCCCCAGCGAAUUUGAGCUCUAGAUACUUUCCCUUCGGGAAAAGGGGACCUUCCCAGCUCCCCGGUUUCUCGCGGGUCAGAGGCCGGCUGGCCCCUCGCCGCGCCCACUCCCGGAGCCGCCCUCCCCGCGGACGAUAACAACCCAGGGCCCCGGGCGCGGGCGCAGCAGCUGCGCGAUGGAGGCGGCCCCUGGAGGGUCCCCGGCCCCAGCGGUGGAGGCGCCCGCGCCCCAGCCGGAGGCGCAGACCCUGGAGCCCCGCUCGGACAGAAGAGCUGGUCGCCUCUCAUUCUGUACGAAGGUUUGCUAUGGCAUUGGCGGCGUCCCCAAUCAGGUGGCCUCCAGCGCCAUGGCCUUUUACCUGCAGCUCUUCCUGCUAGAUGUGGCACAGAUCCCUGCUGCCCAGGUGUCACUUGUCCUGUUUGGAGGGAGGGUGUCCGGGGCAGCUGCUGACCCCGUGGCUGGAUUCUUCAUCAGCAGAAGCAGGAGGACAGGGUCUGGACAACUCAUGCCCUGGGUGCUGGGCUGCAUGCCCUUCACCGCCUUGGCUUACUUCUUCCUGUGGUACCUGCCCCCCUUCACCAACCUCCGAGGCCUUUGGUACAUGACCUUCUACUGCCUCUUCCAGGCUCUGUCCACGUUCUUCCAGGUGCCCUACACGGCGCUCACCAUGCUGCUGACGCCCAGCCCCCGGGAGCGGGACUCGGCCACCGCCUACCGGAUGACCAUGGAGAUGGCGGGGACGCUGCUGGGAGCCGCGGCCCACGGACUCAUCGUGUCCGGGGCCCACGGUCCCCACAGUUGUGAGGACGCCGAGUUCCCGGGGCCGGGCGCCGUCUCCCCCCACGCGACUUGUCUCUACUCCGUUGCAGCCGCCGCGGUCGCUGUGACUUACCCCGUGUGCGGUGGUUUGCUCUGCUUGGGGGUGAAGGAGCGGCCAGACCCCUCUGCCCCAGCCUCCAGCCAGGGCAUGAGCUUCCUGGCUGGGCUGGGCCUCACUAUCCGGCACCCGCCCUACCUGAAGCUGGUGAUCUCCUUCCUGUUCAUCUCAGCAGCCGUCCAGGUGGAACAGAGCUACCUGGUCCUGUUCUGUACACACGCCUCCCAGCUACAUGACCACGUCCAGAGCCUGGUGCUAACCAUCCUGGUCUCAGCUGUACUGAGCACCCCGCUGUGGGAGUGGGUUCUGCAGCGAUUUGGGAAGAGGAUGUCGGCCUUCGGGAUCUGUGUGAUGGUGCCUUUUGUAAUCCUGUUGGCUGCUGUGCCCACAGCCCCCGUGGCAUACGUCGUGGCCUUUGUGUCUGGCGUGAGCAUUGCUCUGUCCUUGCUGCUACCCUGGUCCAUGCUCCCAGACAUGGUGGAUGACUUCCAGCUUCAGCACCAGCACGGCCCCGGCAUAGAGACCAUCUUCUACUCGUCCUACGUCUUCUUCACUAAGCUCUCGGGCGCAGGGGCCCUGGGCAUCUCCACGCUCAGUCUUGAGUUUGCGGGGUAUGAGGCAGGAGCCUGCAAGCAGGCAGAGCAGGUGGUGGUGACCCUCAAGGUCCUCAUCGGUGCUGUGCCCACCUGCAUGAUCCUCACCGGUCUUUGCAUCCUCAUGGUCGGCCCCGGUCCAAAGGUGCCAAGCCAGGACUCCUCUCACCAGCUGAGCCUUCGAAGGAGGACCAGCUACAGCCUCGCUGCAAGUUAAAGCUUCGUGAGCCCAACAGCAGGAGCCGCACUGUCUGGGCUCGAAGUCCCCAUCUCUUCUCAGCCGUUUAGAACCCCCACUUCGCAGCGUGCACGUGACCUUUUCCCUGGGCUAUGGAGCCUUCAGUGACCUCUCCAGAAGGGACUGGCCUGGGUUCCACCUGUCUUUUCUUACCUGUUGACCACAGACCAUUUCAGAUAAACCUGUGCCCCUGACUACCCGGCUCCAGGUGACGUUUGACCUGGAAAGCAUCCCAAUAGCAGCUUGUCCUGAAAAAAAGGAAGCCUCAGCCAGCCUGGCCUGCAGACUCCCCAACAACCUGCUGACCUGACAGGACAGACACACAGACAGGCCCUUUGUUCUUCCUGAUGCCCCAGUGGACAUCUGAGAGAGAGACUGACAGGCGUCACAUGAAUGGGCAGAGUGGGGACAGAUGGGCAGGCUGGGGAUGUUGUUAGGACAGACAGAUGCAGGGAGGCCAGCAGACCCCAGGGGAGAGAAGGGGACAGCAGUGGGGAUGAGAAGGUGGAGCAGGGCACGGGGUGUUCUCAAGCCUUUCUGUUGGGCUGAUGACUGUUCCCAGAGGUGGGCACAGACUGUCCAGCCACCAGAGAUGGAUCAUUUUCAUGAACAGUCAUUAUUUUUGUGGGAAUAUUUUUUUCUGAACUUUUAUAAAAAGUACAGGAACCACCAUUUUCUAGAAGCCGUAUCUUUGGAAAAGAUCCACUGAGGUUUAUUUUUUUCAAAAAACAAAAAACCGCAUUAAAGGGUUUGUCUUCUACUGAGUCAGUAAAGUGUGAUGGUGGGCAGCCCUCCAUCAUCCCUCGGCCCAGGGCUAGGCUCCCUUCCACUUCCUCUUCGGGCCUUUGGCGGCCUCUUAGGUGAGAGACCCCUUAGGCUGCCAGAACUCAGACUCAUGCACAGAGAUGCUCGUCAGAGCUCGGUUUAAGCCUCUGGCUUCCUCCACAGACAGGGAGCUGACCUCCCAGUGAGAGUGCAGAAUGUUCAAAGUAUUACAUAUGUCCUUAUUUUUCCCCAUCGACCCCCUCCAGCCCAUCCCCGUGCCCUCCCC